UACCUAUAAACAUUUGUUGAUUAUCUACAAGUACUGGAAUCAAUUCCACAUAUCUCAACCUAUCGGGCUGCCAAGCCUUCAAACAACAGACCAAUACCUUAUUGCUGGCAACACAAUUAUCCCAAAACUUUUUAAAAAAUGGGACUUCUUCUUUUGGAUCCACUUUGAUCAAAGUUGGUUUAGAAAAAACAUGCCCCACAUCCAGCUGUCUGUCUCCUACAAAUAAUAAAGUGAUACCUUUGGGUAGAUUGAAGUCUUGGAAAGCAUUCUUUUCAGAUAGAUCAAACUUGACGCUAUCAGCUUUUUCUUCAUUGACAUAUUUGAUGCUGUAAACAUGCUUCUCAUCUCCAGGUACCAUAGUAUUUACCACUCUUUCACCUUUUGUGGUCAUGAAACUGUUGGAUAGUUGUAUAUUUGAGAAUAAAUGUACACGCAGGCACUUCAAAAAUCGUCCAGAAUCUCCUUUGAAGGGAUAAAACAACACUUUCCUCUCAUUAAUCUUAGCCAAAAUCGUCGAUGACAGUUUCUGAGUUAAACCCUCUGCAUCAGUGCAUAUUUCUUCUCGUUUCUGCGAUCCUAAUAUAGCAUAUAACUCGUUAUAAAAAUACUUAUAAUUAAAACUUUUGAUGGUUGGUAAAAUUUGGAAUUCGAUCUGAUUCACUGCAAAUGUUUUUAUUUCAUUCAAAGCUAUAAAUUUAGAAUUUUUAUCUGCAAUGGGUCUGUCAUCAUUGCUAAUAUAAAUCAACGUUCGUUUAUGAAACGUCGAUUUCACAUCGUGAAAGAUUUUCUUGCAGGUCAAGAAAAAUCCGCCUAAAUCCAAAUUACCUUUCCUCUGGUGGGUUUGCUGUAAUUCUAAAUCUGUCAACUGUAACUUAUCUUUCAACAGUUUAACGGUAUUCAAAAUGCUGUUAUUAAAACUUAUCAGCGGCGUAGACUCGCCUGUUAGCAUUACGGCGAAGGGGCUCCAUGAUCUACUAUCUUGUUUGAAGAUUAAAGAGUCGGCCAAGUUGUGGCACGCCUCUAAACAGGCGCGAAAUGGAGUAGAGGUUUGUUGUUUCUGAAACAUUCCUGGAUGUGUGUCGAUGGCUAUAACUACAUAAGAAGGCUUGAAAGAUGGGCUAAAUAUCUCAGUAUCAAAGUCAUCAUCACUUUCGUGUUCCUCUUCAUUUCCGUACAUCUGCAAAUUGAAUGAAUUAUAUAUUUUGUAUAUUUACGAGGAUAUGGUCAAUUAAAAUUUACCUUAAAUCCUGUUAUCUAAAUAGUUAUUAUUCUAUAAUCUGAUAAUAUAAUACGAAUUAGCGGCAAUUUGCAAAUAACAAAAAAUAAUGCAUAAACAAUGCGCCCACAAAAUGCGCCACUUGGCGUAUGUCAAAUGUCAACAUUACCAAACAUGGGCCAAACACCCCUGUUGUGGAAGGGCGUAAAUUAACGGUAUAACCUUGUAUUAUUGGGCCGUACAAAGUCAAUAUUGUCAAUUGGUUUUUUGUUGUUUUGUGGUGUGGGUCUUCGGGUCUUGUAUUUUGUAUUCUGUGUUUUUUAUAAGGUUAAGGUUGUUUUUAUUCUACUCUGCGGUAUUUUUGUGCAUUCGUUUCUGUUUUACACAAAUUUUAUUGAAAUUACGAAAGUAUUAUCAAUACUUUUCAGUGAUUAGCCCACCUUUAUAGUUAGUAAUCAUGCCUGCAAUGUCGAAAAGAGACUGCGGUCUCAUACUAUUCGACGUAGCAUCAUCAAAAAAGUCGGAGCUUUUAAAUGGUCUACUAAAAUUUGCUUCAUUCAGAUGGUUUAUGAAUUCGAAAAGUAUUUACAGACUAAUUUUAGUCAACUCAGCUCAGACUCAAAACGAUAGAAAGUACCCUAAUAUAUACACAACCGAUUUAGAUGAUUUCGAUCCCAAGCUCAUAGUUCAAGAAAUCGAAAAUAUGCAGCCCGGUAAAUCCAACUGGGUAGAUGCUCUACGACUGGCAAUAUAUCAUUUAGAGGAAGCAGUGGAGAUGCGUGGAAUUGUUACUCUUCAACUAAUUUUCUUCACGAGUUUUGAUAGUAAUAUUACUCCAGCUUUUGAUGAAACUGCUAUCAGUGGUGUGAUAAAUUCGAUUAACAAAUAUGAGCAAAUGUAUCUGUAUUUUAUUGGACCCGAUGUCACUCUUCCAUUUGCCAUAACGAGCCAGAGUUCUGUACCUAAGUGCAUGAAGGAGUUACAAAUAAACAAGAGUAAUCAGAAUUUAGUAGUAGCUCACAGAAUAGUGACUAAUGUUAAGAAUGCCAUUAUGUGUAAUACGAAAAUUGGCACACCACAUCUUUUGAUAACAUUUAAAAACAACCAAGGAAGUCAACCAUGGAAAAUACCAUUUACAUUUGGCAGUAAAUUGUCUAUUCCUGCAAUCACUACUAAAAUAAUCAGAAAAGAUAUAUCACUGAAACUGUUCUCACCAAUGCAACGAACUUAUGUCAAAACCUUGGCUGACAAUCGCGAAGUUCAAGUAGAUGAAGCAGAUAUAGUACGAGGUCUAAUCAGGCAUGGAAAAUUCUUAAAAAUUGACGAGACACAAUUUAAAAUUGAAACAGAAAGAUGCUUCGAAAUAAUGGGUUUCACAGAGAAAAAGUUUUUACCAGAAACAUACAUGAAGGGUGAUGAUACAUUUUAUGUAUUACCUAAUGGAGCAUCUAAAGAUGGUUUUCAAGCUUUCACACAUUUGGUAAAGAUCUUGCAUGAAACCGGAAAAUACGCUGUUGGGAAGAGGAUUUAUGCCACUAAUAACAAAGCUAGAUACUUUGUGUUGAUUCCGAAAGUUGAUUUUGUCCCGAAAUGUUUUAUUAUGACUGCUUUACCAUACGCUGACUUUUUGGUACCCCACAAAGUCGAGACUCCCCUUCAACCGAAGGAAAAACUGAAACAGGACGAUUUUCAUCGAUUUUUCAAAAGUUUGAUCAUUGAAAAUAAGGAUUGCAAGGCUGGAAUUUCUUUAGGCCCCACAAUGAUGAUGGAUAUCUACCAGCAGAAGGUGAUCGACGCCGCCGCUAAGAAAAAGGUGAGGAGGGAGGAUUUUGAUUUGGAGAGUUUGGAUGUUUGCGAUCACGAAUCUGUCGUGGAUAAUAAGUUUUUAGAAAAUUUGAGAACUACUUGGCCCGUCCGCAGUAUGGAUUCGCCCACUAAACGUUAAUGUUAUUACUUUUAAAUGUUUUUUAAUUUAGGUAAUGUUUUUUUGUUAGAUUUUAUACAGAAAAAUGUGUUUGUCAACCUUUUUUGGUUAUUUUAAAUGUGUUACUUUAGCAAAGAGUUUUGUAAUGUGUGUUUCCUUUUUUAAUAAAAAUAGUAAGCAAUAA